GUCUCAAAGGUCGGGAACUCCGUUUGAUAGGUCUUUUAAGCUAUUUAUCAAGGCUCCACAUGACAUGGAAUCCGCGAUCAAACCUCAACACCGAUGCUAUCCAAAGGUUUCCGGGUACGAAUAGAGCGAAGGAGGAAGCAAGGCGACCAGAAAACGUCACAAUAGCAGUCGUGGUGGCCUCGAUAACCUUCUCAGGCUCGACUGCCAUGCUACGACAGCACGCUGUGCUGCUUGCUCGCUGUGGAUUGCUGGCGGAAAGAAUGCAAGAAAACUAG